AGAGUAAGACUGGGUUAGGGUCGCGUUUCAGACGGGUGAAAGGCUUCAAAUGAGUCUUUCGAAACUGGAUUAGGCUCACAAACUCGUAUUAGGGUUUCAAAAGUGCAGUUACAGUUUCAAGACGGGGUUCAGAGGUCAAAGAAGGGUUUCAAACGAGCGGAGUAGUCGUGGAAGUAAACAAGCGUUGAGGUUUCAAAGCGGGAAGAAGAAGAUGACGUCCAGGCGCUUUCCCGCUCUCGUCCGAGUGACGCAAGAUGCUUAUUUGUGCCUGAUCGGUGUUUGUAAGAUGGGACACACCCUGCUGGACACGUACCCGGUGGCGAUAACUCUUCUGCUGCUUCUUCUUUCGGUGUUGUGAGCAGAUCGCUUCUCCAAAAGUCUCCCCAGUCUCCUGGAAAACCAAUCCUACCCACCCACCACUUGGAUAACACUCAGGCAGGAAGUCUAUACAACAACAUGCGCGUUUCAUGUACGUCAGUGCUGACAGUCCAAGAAAUCGAGAGCUAAAUCAGCAGGACGAACGGUGAUCGCAGGAUGGACGAAAUGGUGGCCAUGUGACCCUCAUCAACCCCGUUUCUCCCUCCCCCCAAAUUCGUCUUUUUUUGUGGGUAUGCCUCGACUGGAAGAGUUUGCCAAUGUGGCCCUGAGGGUGCCCAUCAUCCUGGUGCUGGACCUGCUCUACAAGCAUGACAUCGUUACUUUGACGGAGCACCUCAGGGUAAAAAACGAACAUAUGUUCACCAAGUACGGAUGGCUCGUCUCCGACAUGUUCUACCUUGGUCACUUGCUGAUGCUGGUUUUGCUGCUGCUGCCACUGAGACACAUCGUGAGUGUCUACCUGCACGUGCUGGCCGCCAUGCUGCUCUUCGUGGGACACCAGAUUGCAAGGGAGUUUAUCAUGGAGGAGCUGCAUGCGGGCCACCAGGGGGCGCCCUACCUCCACGUCGAGGCCAUCAACAGAUUCAUUUGGGCGGUGACAGGUCAGCUCCUGGUGAGUGCGCUGAUGGCGUUCCUGAUGAAGACGCGCAAGGUGUGGCUCUUCUGGGUCCCCGCGCUCCCCCUGCUGGCCCGCCUAGGCGGCGCCCCCGUGGCCCUGCUGCCCGCCGUGCACGCCUUCGCCGCCACGCUCAGCGAGGUCGCCUGCUGCCUCUUCCUGCUCUCGGCGCUCUACCGCCUCACCAAGGCAGCGUUGUCGCUCAAGAUGGAGGGCAUGGCGCUGUCCCGCCUGCUGGGGGCAGCGCUCUCGCUGUGGACUCAGUUUGCCGUGCCGCUUCUCUUUAGCGUCUUCUGGUUGGUCCUCUUCGCCGUCUACCUGUGCUCCAGCGUGAUGUCCCCUGCCGCCUCGUCUGCCGCCAGUCACGGCCUUCUCUUCUUCCUGCUCACCGGUGUUUCCGAAUGCUGUGCCACGCCGUACUCGCUGUUGGGUCUGACUUUCGUGGUGUCCUACUUGGCGCUGGGCCUGCUCAACCUCUGCAAGUUGUUCCUGGGGAGCGACGACGCCGCCCUGCACAACCACAACGUCAUGCACAGGGGGUUGACGGAGGGCGUGACGCUGCUCCUGCUCGCCCUGCAGACGGGCCUGCUGGCGGCGGCGACGCUGCAGCGGACCUUCCUGCUCAGCAUCAUCCUCUUCAUCGUGCUCACGUCCACAAUGCAGGCCAUGCUGGACAUCACCCACCCGCUCGUUCUCGCCAUGGCCGCCUCGCGCAACAGGAGCGUGUGGAAGCACUUGCGUGGGCUCAGCAUGUGUCUUCUUUUGCUGGUCUUCCCGGUAUUCAUGGCUUAUAAGAUUUUACAGUUCUUCCAUAUGGACUUCUGGCUCCUCAUUUUGGUGGCCGGAUGCAUGCUGACCUCCCUUCAGGUCACGGGCACGCUGUUUAUCUACUCCCUCUUCAUGGCGGAGCUGUUCCGCAGUGAGCCCAUGGAAAACCUGGACGAGGUGAUCUACUGGGUGAAUGCAGUGAGCCGGGUGCUGGAGUUUGCGGUGGCCGUGUGCGUGGUGGCGUACGGCGUCUGGGAGUCGCUGUUGGGCGAGUGGAGCUGGACGGGCGCCUCGGUCAUCGUCGUCCACUCGUACUGCAACGUGUGGCUGCGGGCGCAGUCGGGCUGGCGCAGCUUCCUGCUCCGGCUGGAGGCAGUCAAGAAGAUCAACUCGCUGCCCCGGGCCACGCCGCAGCAGCUCCAGCGCCACAAUGACGUCUGCGCCAUCUGCUUCAUGGAGAUGACGUCGGCCGUGGUCACGUCGUGCGACCACUUGUUCCACGCCAACUGCCUGAGCAAGUGGCUUCACGUGCAGGGGACGUGCCCCAUGUGCCACCAGACGAUCCCGGCCCAGCCGCCGACCCACCGCACCACAGAACCCGAUGCUUCGGCCCCCCCGCGGCCCGACGCCCGGGCCCCUACGGAGGAAGACUUCGACUCUGUGGAGGAAGACGGCUUCGAGUCGGCCGAGGAUCCUGACAACGAUCCAGAUGAGGGUGAUGUUUUUUGAUGCGGUGUUUUUUUUUUUUUUUCUUCCAGAAGCUAACAUGCUAAAACAAAAAAACAAAAAAAUCAUUUAAACGUUUAACUUAGUGAAUGCCUCGCAACUUUGGUCUCUUUUUUUUUUUUUCAUUAAAUAUUGAAACAAUUGAGUCUGUAAUUCUUAUUUGUUCAUAUUUGUAAUGCCAUUUCCUGAUUUUAACUCAAAAUAACUCAAAUGUAGACAAUGACAUUACAUGUGCGAGGAUUUUGUUUAUUUGUCCAUGUAAAUGCUACCAAAUCUGAAUUGAAUCCUGGUCCCCUAAAACAAAGUUUGUAAAAACAAAAAUGGAUGAAUUUGUCUUAAACGCACUUCAAUCAAGUGAAUAUUAAAUUGAAUUUCAAUGUCCAAUCUGGAUUGAAAGUAAAGGGGCAGGAGGGAAGGACAAAAUGGAAAUUUUGAACAAUAGGAUAGUUUUUGUUUUAGUCACUUUCUAUGAUGUCAUUGAGAUGUGGCUAUUUUUAACCAAGCUUGAAUAAGCAUAAACCCUCAUUUUCAAUCAAAGCUGAAUUGAAAAUGGCCCUUAGUUUACAUGAAGAAAUGUAUUGGAUUCAAAUCUGGAUUGAAUUUGGAAUCUGGUUUGACAGCACAGUACUGUAUCGCUUCUCGGCCAUUUCUUUCCUAAAUUGAAAUGCGGAUUGUUUCUAUGACAUCUUCAAGGUGUGGCGAGAACGACACCGAUCCACGUUGCCAUGUUCCUAAAAAGAGGGACAAACCAAAUUAACAACACAUAAUUGCCACAAAAAUAAGAAUUUAUUAAAAUAUGACAAUGUACAUUUACAUUUUACAUUUUGUACUCAUUUGUAUUAAACUAUGUCUUGAUUUUAUAAUAAUUCAUUUACAUCACUUAUAAAUGAUGCAAUUACAAAAUUGGUAUUAUGAUUUUAUUUGAGUAACACAUUUUAAAAUAAAAUACCCAGAUGAAAUGUAUAAAAGACGUUUAUAUGACUUGUAAUUGAAAAUAGGUCUAUGUGUGUAUUUUGGUUUUGUGUAUGUGUGCUUGUAUUAGUUAUCUAGACAGUAUAUACAUAAAUACAUUUACAAAAAACAAAAAAAAAUCUAUAUUUCUUUAUUGUUUGUUUAUUUGCGGUGUUUGCGAUUUGUCAGUACGUGCGUGUCGUACCUACAUCCGGGCCGCCCGGUCGGUCGUGUUUCGGCGUCGUCCACUCGCCCCGCCCACUCCAGAGUGUCGUCAUAAAGGCUCCUUGCUUGAAGACGGCAGCUAGCUGGCUAACGGCAUCAAAUCGACACGGGAAGCUUCGUGGUGCGGGUUUCUUAUCCGCGCCCUCCCCCUUACCUACCACCCCUACCCUGACGACGACGACGACACUCAAUCCACGGGGACGACUACUAAAGACAUUUUGGUGGUUAAGAA